GUGAUGUCCAAUAGAGAGAGGAGGAAACACAACACUGUAGACAGCUUGCGCUCCGCUGGCCUGAAACGCCAUCUUAAACAGAAAGGGGGUUUAAACAGGGAGAGAGCAGGAAAGAGGAAAUAACUCUCUAAUUGUCUUGUUUUUCGUCGCCGGGUCGCUCUGGAGCUGUAUUUAUUAGUCAUGGCUUUGGGCGUUUACACCUCAAAAUAACGGCGUGAGGAAACCAGCACGGCACUUGUUAGCCUCUCGUCAGCUAGCAAGGGGGAGGGGUGGUGGUGGAGGGUUUCUGGAUCCUUUUUUUUCGCAGCAGAACUUGUUUGUUUAUGUUAUUCCAAACGGACAUGUCCUCUUCAAACCCAGAGUUACCAGACCCAAAUCUGGGUAUGGGGGCAAGUGGGACCCAAGGGAGUGGAGGGGCUGUUGUACCAAAAGGGAACAACAAAAGAAGAGCUGCGCCGGCCUUUGACGAUGAUGAUGAUGACGAUGAAGGGAGCAAGCUCUUCAGGUGUGAUGAUGACACAGGAGGCUCCAACAAUGAUAAAGAGCGCUUUGCAAGGGAGAACCACAGUGAGAUUGAGAGGCGGAGGCGGAACAAGAUGACCGCCUACAUCACAGAACUGUCAGACAUGGUGCCGACGUGCAGUGCACUAGCACGAAAACCUGACAAACUUACCAUCCUACGAAUGGCCGUGUCUCAUAUGAAGUCCCUGAGAGGAAGUGGAAAUACCAAUGCAGAUGGGUCAUACAAACCUUCCUUUCUCACUGACCAGGAAUUGAAGCACCUCAUACUAGAAGCAGCUGAUGGCUUCUUAUUCGUGGUGUCGUGUGAGACCGGCCGCAUUGUUUACGUCUCUGACUCCAUCACACCGGUCCUCAACCAGUCACAGUCUGAAUGGCUCGGUUCAUCCCUUUAUGAUCAGCUUCAUCCAGAUGACACAGAAAAGCUCAGGGAGCAGCUCUCUACUGCGGAGAAUAACAACACAGGGAGGAUGUUGGACCUAAAGACGGGAACAGUAAAGAAGGAAGGCCAGCAGUCAUCAGCCAGAAUGAGUAUGGGAGCCCGUCGAUCGUUCAUCUGCAGAAUGAGAUGUGGCUCUUGUCCGGUGGAACCAUUAUCUAUGAACAGACUGAACUUCCUUAGGAACAGACACAGGAAUGGUUUGGGUACAGCCAAGGAAGGGGACCCCCAGUACGUAGUGGUCCACUGUACAGGAUACAUCAAGUCCUGGCCCCCUGCAGGAGUGUCACUAACAGACGAUGAAGCAGACAACACUCAGGGGAGCCGCUACUGUCUAGUUGCUAUUGGAAGAUUACAGGUGACUUGUUGCCCAGGUGACACAGACAUCAACAGUAUCAGUGUUCCAGCAGAGUUCAUCUCACGUCAUAACUGCCAGGGCAUGUUCACCUUCGUAGACCACCGCUGCAUGGCCGCUGUCGGCUACCAGCCACAGGAAUUACUAGGGAAGAGUAUUCUGGAGCUCUCCCACCCAGAGGACCAAGGCUUACUGAGAGACAGCUUCCAACAGGUGGUGAAACUGAAGGGCCAGGUCUUGUCAGUGAUGUUUCGGUUUCGCUCCAAAUCCAGAGAGUGGAUCUGGAUGAGGACCAGCUCCUUCACCUUCCAGAACCCAUUUUCAGAGGAGAUUGAGUAUAUCAUCUGCACCAACGUCAAUGUCAAAAACUCAACUCAGGACCCCCUCACUCCAAUCUCCUCCCCAGGGGGUUCGCUGCCCCCCUCCCUUGGUCAGGGCAGUCCAAACUGCCCUCCUGUUGUGCUCAGUCCUGGGCAGGUGGCCACCAGGCAGUUGCAGCAGCAGCAACAGGCUGAGCUUGAGGGAGGCGGAGCCAGAGACGGUCUGUAUGAGGCUGGUCCAAUCACAAUGUCACAGAUGCCAGUGCAGCCUGUAACAGCAGCAGGACCGGACCACAGUAAGAGCCUUGACAAGCCAGAGCUCUACCCCUCCCUCUACCAAGGGCCAGAUCAGACCAAGGUUCUGUCUUCCACCCCCAACCCCUCCACACAGAUCUACCCUCAAGCCAACAGCUUCCCUGCUGCUCGUACCAAUGAGCCGUACAGGCAAGUCAACAUGGCUCCUCAGAUGACUCAGCCGGCUCAUUCAGCAAGAGAGAUGCUGGCUCAUAUGUCUCGUCAAAACGGAGCCCCACAUUCUGUUACUCCCUCCAGCACUGGCAGCCCCCUCCACGGAGGACCAGCCGGAGGAUGGCCUGGAGCUGCGGCUGGAAUUAGACAACAGUUUAAUAACCAGCAGGUGGCUCCCCAGGCAGCAAAGACCAUGUCCCCACAGUUUGCUCCCAUGGGAGGAUUUGGAGGUGGUUCAUCCAACUCUUUUGGCCAGAUGCCUACAGGUGCCGCGCCCACCCCCACCAGCGGUGCAAACUACCAGCCAAUGAAUAACCGUGCCAACCUCAACAGCAAUGGUUAUGAUGGCUCUCAGUCCGGGGCUCAGUUCCCCUCUCGGGCAGCAGAGGCAGUGUGGCCUCAGUGGCAGGGCCAGCAGCACUCGCAGAGUAAUGCAGAGCAGCAUCCUCACGCUCAGGGCAACCAGCAAGACAUGUUUCCUGACGUGCUGUCUAUGCUGGACCAGCCUGCCAACUUCAACAGCGAAGACUUUGAGAUUCAAAUCUACCCUUCGUUUAAUGAGUGACCUGGUCGAUACAUCUCCACUGGUCUUUUUGACUUUUUUGCCCUCAGUCUCUCUUUGUAUACAGCUCUUCUGCUCCUCUUUGCGUCCUGCUCCUGAGAGUGGCACUCUUCCCUUGCUUUGCAUGGCUUUAAUUGCACUGCCACAAGAUAGAGGGAGAUAUCUACCUGCAGAUAUAAAGGGGAGGAAAAUCAAGGAUUUGCUACUGACAAAAAAGAUUAUUUAAAUAAUUUUCCAGCCAUUGUAAGAGAAUUCUUUAGCUAGCACUGCCCAAAGCUCAACAGCCUAUGUUGUAGAUAUGUGAAAUAUAUAUAUAUAUAUAUAUAAAUAUAUAAAACCGCACAAUCACACAACCACACUUGAAUAGACUGCACGAAACACUCUCUUAAACUCUGGUAAACAAACACCAGGUUAAACACACAAGACUCACAAAGGCCUUUUAGUUUUAGUCUCCCUAGUUUUUUUUCUCAGGCAUAGAUGAAGAGUGUUUUUUUGAUGUUGUUGGCCUUUAGCAUGUAGACUAAUCACUCCAAUCGUUGAUUUAAACUCUCAGGAAAUUGCAGGGAUAUUCAGCUUUGGUGAUUUUUAAAUUCUCAGUUGUUGCACGCAAACCACCACUCUCUGUGCUAACCUCACUCACAGUUCACAGUUUGAAAUCCACAGCAUGUCUCUGCAUGUCGGCACUGCUUUCAUGGAGCGCUUCUACAAUACGUAGAUUCAUACAGAGGACAGUUUUCUAUGUACAUUGGUGGCUUCACCUUUACAUUUGAUGAUUUUGUGUUUCCUCUUGAGGAUUUUUUCAGUUUUUUUUUCAUUAUUGGAUGAUGUACUUUAACAAACAGAUAAUGAGUAUUAGAAAGGCUACAUACUGUUUGUCAAGGUGCCCGGUGAGAAAUGUAAACAAUCUAUUUUUCUUUGCCUAUAUAAAUAUAUAUAGAGUGCGUAUGUGUGUAUGUAAAAAUGAUACAUACAGAGCCAUUAUUAACUUCAACACAGUGGUAGGGUUUUUGAUUUGAUAGUCUUGUUUGUGUCGCCCUUUUAUUAACCUGAACCAAGUAUGAGCUUUUUGUACUUAUUUUGUAAAUGAAAUUCAAAAGAAGUCACACAGCAAUAAUUAACAAGCAGGAAAUGUGUACUUUUAAAGCCAUUCUUUAAUGUUUUUAUUAAUGUUGUCUUUGAUUAUUGUUUUUUAAAUGGAGAGAUGUGAUAGUAAUGCUUGAUUAACUUAAAUUGUUUCCCAGUAUUUUAUUAUAUUUUAAACUUUUGAUGACCUCUCCACUGCCCUUUUCUGAUUGAUAUUUUAUUAACGGUUUAAUCAGGGUGUGAAGGAUCAAAAUGGAAUUUAAAAAUCAGUAUGAUCUGUUCACAAAAUGGACUGAUCAUCUUCGACCACCUGUGUUUUACAAUCAUAUUUUGGUAAGUUGUAUCAUAGAGGAAUUUUUUGGGUUAAGACUUGAUACUUUUAAAACGUUUUAACAGGUAGUGAAAUUGGCCCUUUUUUUAUUGCUGUUGAAAAUCUGCAAACACAAUGACUAAUGAUGUACGUGUAUGUAAACCCAUGCUGAUAAUCGUCCAGUUUUCUUCCUAAAGAGGCUUGUAUGCUGGUGACUGUGUUGUCUUUGUUAUUGUUGUUUGGUUGCUCUGUAUCCAGGUUUUUUCAAUGAUGUGAACUUUUAUCAAUUAGAAACACAAAUAUAUAAAUAUACUGUAUAUGUCUAUGAAAUGUUGAAUGAGAGAAAGAAAUGUUUGGUUUUUGUAUUAAAUUGUUAUAUUGUUGAAAA